UACUAUGACAUGUUAGCUAGCAUACCGACAUUAUUGUGCGACUUGGCAGACAUUAUAUCGCAAGUAGGUCAAUCUUUACAAAGGAUCCAUUAUCGUAAUCGUUUGACCAGAAAACACCCCCUAGUAGGCGUAGUAGGACGGAACACAUAUCGUGUAACAUACACAUAAUUUCCUGUAAAACAAGAUGGCUGCGACACUUGUCCGUUACUCCGGAGAUUCGGAUGAAGCGCACCCCGAGAUCUUCACAGUUAUGCCUCCUCAACCGAAAGAAAAGAAACCCGGCCAGUUACCCGAGAGUGUGGUCAAGCAAUUCUUUGAAGAGGGAUACGCUAUUGUUGAAAACUUCUUCAAGAAGGAAGAACUGGACGCUUGUCGGGUUGCUAUUGAGGGGUUGGUUGACGACUUGGCUCAGCAACUUUACAAGGCGGGAAAAAUAAAAAAUCUCUACAAAGAAGAGAGCUUAUUCAGCAGGCUUACUAAAAUAGAGGAGGAGUUUCCAGGGGCCAAUGUUAUACUUCACAAGACUGGUAGACUUCCACAGGCUUUCCGUGACCUUUGGUCCAAUGAACGGCUUCUCAAUGCUGUGGAGCAAUUGAUUGGUCCGGAAAUUGCCGGACAUCCUGUUUGGAACCUGCGCACCAAAACACCGCAGAAUGAAGCGACUACAGUCCCAUGGCACCAAGAUUGUGGGUAUCUGGAUAACGACUCGUACAAAGUACUGCAGCCUACAGCGUGGAUCCCGUUCCUCGACGCCAAUGAGAAAAAUGGAUGCAUGGAGGUGGUUGCAAAAGGUCACAGACCAGGCAAGAUUGCAAAACACACUGGUUGUUAUGGCAACACGUGGUAUGUCAUGCUGGACGGAGCAGAAAUUGAAAAGACAUUGGGCUCGAACUUGAAAACGGAUAUAAAACUGUGCGAAGUUCCAUACGGAGGGAUGUUGCUUAUUAACAACAUGAUCCCGCAUCGGAGUCUAAGCAAUGUAUCCAAUGAGAUACGCUGGAGUAUCGACUUACGGUGGCAAGAUCCUUCUAAACCUUACGGAUUUUAUGGUCUCAAAGAUGGCAUCCUUAUGAGGACAACAAAAGAUCCAAACCACAAAAUAGACUGGGAGCCGUUCGACACUGUUGACAGAGCCAAAGCAGCAAAAGCUGAAAACGAGCAGGUCGAUGAAGAUGAAUUCGACACCACCAUCCAGGGACCAUGGAUGAAGAAAUGGGAGCUCGUUCAUCAGAACAGACACACGGACAAGCUGUUUAAAACAGCCGGAAUGACUUUGCACAAAGCAUAAAUCAACUGUUGUCUACUAUCAAACAUGUAGCUGUUAGUGAACCCAAUGAAAAGCAACAUCUUGGAAAGUGCAUUGACCAAUGAUACUAUAUUGCAUAAAUACAGCAGUUAUAAUUAUGUGCAAAAACAAUUUCUAUUCCAUUCUCGAUAUAAUGAACUUUCAUAUGUACAAUUUGUGACUUCAUUGUUGACGAACUCAAUAAAAUUGAGGGAAAUAAUGCCACAGAUAUAAAUAAAGUCAAUAAAAUUAAAUACUUUAAA